AUGAGGUGGGGAAGAAAGGUUGCAUUUUCAGCUAGGAUGAGUAAGGCAGAUAGUUAUUAUGUCAAGGACGAAAGAUUAAAGUUUAAUGAUGUUAAAUAUAGUUACGGCGGAGGAUAUAGCUUCUCGACGGGGAUAUUUACAGCGCCAAAAUCAGGAACUUAUUUGUUUACUUAUAAUAUAGAAUCAUCAAGUAAAGGUAAAGCCCAUGUGUGUUUAAUGAUAGACGGUAGUAUGAAAACUCAAGCUUUGGUAGGGAAAGGUCCAGAUAAUAAUGGUGGAAACUCUGCGAUAGCUUAUAUUCGGAAAGGUGGUAAGGUAUGGAUAGAGACUGCUGAUUUACAGGAUAAGUAUUACAUCUGGCCUUACAGGACAACCUUUAAUGGUAUCUUGAUUGACUAA